CAGUACAGUAUACUUCUGAGGUACCACACUUGCAGUUGACAUUUAAAAGAAAUGUUAAAGGCGAUGCCUGAGUUGUAUAGUAAUUAAAAUAAAUAUGUGAUCUAGUAAUUAAUUAGUCAUACAUCCACCCUCAAAGUGUUUAUAGUUUUGUAUUUGUUGUUUUGUGCUUGGAAUGUGAAAGAACUGUUUUAACAAUGAUACUGCGACUGUAUCUUGUGUUCAUGCUUUGCAACUUCACUUUGUCUGAAUAUAUUCCUCCUGGCCCGCAAUACAGAUGUCCAAAGGACAAACUCCUCUUACAUCCAUGUACCUGUGAUAUUGAAUCUGAUAUUGGAAUCUAUGUGAGCUGUAAUAACACCAACUUGGCAACUAUGAGUAUUGGAUUGAACAACUUAGCUACUUUUAAACUCCCUAUCGAAAGACUAAUCAUUUUCAAAUGCAGCAUAGCAAGGUUAUUUGGCAGUCUGCUCUACAAGUUAAAUCUGCGAACGUUGAUUAUUGAAGAUACACCUAUAGAGAAAAUUGAAGAGCACACAUUUCUUGGUGUAAACAAUACGCUUAAUGAAUUACAUCUAAGAAAUACUAGUUUAAGGGAAUUUCCUACUUUGGCAUUUAAGAUUCUAGGUAACAUAACUAUCUUAAACAUAACUGGUCAUCAAAUGAACGAAAUCCCCAAAAAUGCCUUUUCGUCCAGCGCCAUGACAGAAUCUCUAUUUAGGCUCCACAUAGCUAACGGGAAUUUAUCAACACCUCUUCCAGAAAGUUUGCAACCGCUUCGAAGGCUGAAGACUGUCGAUCUUCAUGGAAAUAAAAUAAAGAAUUUAAACAAAAAUCAAUUUAGGGGGCUAAGAGAUGUUGAAAUUUUGGAUUUGAGUUUUAAUGAAAUUCCUAGAAUUGAUGCUUCGCAUCUAGCGGAUCUUACCAAAAUGACUUGGUUAAAUGUUUCUAAUAACAUGCUUACAGAGAUUACAAGAGGAGCUUUUGCAAGAAACACAGUGUUAAGAGUACUAAACAUGAACGGUAAUAAAAUUAAAAAACUUGACCAGCACUCCUUUAGGGGUAUGAGAUUUUUAAGAAGACUUUAUUUAGCAGAAAAUGAAAUUUUUGAUGUCGGAAGGGGAAGUUUUGGUUCGUUAAAACGAAUUGGUACUAUAGAUCUGGCUAGAAACAGAUUGAAAAAGCUCGAUUAUCAGAUGUUCUUUGAGUUAAACUUUAUUGAGAUACUGAAUUUGGCGGAGAAUCAAAUAAAGGAGAUACAAAAAUUGGCCUUUAAGGACUUAUAUCUAACGGAUAUUAACUUAUCAAAGAAUCAGAUAAAUAAAAUAGAAAAUGGAGCUUUUGAAAAUUGUGCGAAUAUAACAGUGUUGGAUUUGUCGUUUAAUGAAUUGGCGUCCCUUCCCAAAAAGGCGUUUGACGAAACCACUUAUGCAACAGAACUACAGUUAUCACAUAAUUACUUUAGUAAUUUAUCGCAAAUUCCUCUACACAACAUGACUGGCAUAAAAAUUCUUAAUGUUUCCCACAACUUCAUCACUACUAUUCCAAAGAAGACGUUUCCCAAAUUAUACGAACUCCACACGAUAGAUAUUUCGCACAACAACCUUACUGAUGUAUUCAACUCAGUAUUCCAAACAUUAUUUUCUUUACGAAACCUAAAUAUGAGCUACAACAACCUAGCUACUAUCAAACCAAGCAUGUUUGGUUCAAUACCCACGCUAUUGGAGCUAGAUUUAAGUUACAACGAUUUAGAAAGUGUCUCCAGGGGCUCCUUAACGAGGUUAGCAAGUACUAGACAACUAAAUUUAAGAGGAAACAAUUUAAGAAACCUCUUCCAGCUACCCAUUUCUGUAUCACAUUUGGACUUGUCUUAUAACCAAAUAGAGAAAUUACCACCGGACACCUGGCCCAGUAUGAAUUCCUUGCUGAGUUUGGAUUUGAGCUACAAUAACAUUGGUGACAAUUUGGAAGAUGGAAGUUUUUCAAAUUUGUUGACGUUACAGCGAGUAAAUUUAAAUUACAAUGGUAUUGAGAAUCCGCCAUGGGUAGCUUUUAGUCAACUGACUUCAUUGCAAUAUAUCUAUUUGGAGGGUAAUAAUAUUACAAAGCUAGGAAGAAAUGCCUUUGGUAAAUUACCGGUAGUUUUUGAACUCAAUUUAGCUCAUAAUAAUAUUUACAAUAUAAGUACGAGAGCUUUUGAAGGUCUAUUACAACUUCUCGUUUUAAAUCUGACUAAUAAUAAUAUUACCCAUAUACCCAAUGGAGCUUUUCAAGGAUUGGUAGCUCUCCAACAACUAGAUCUUUCAUUUAAUAGAAUUUCAAAAAUGGAUAAUAAGACUCACGGAAUUCUUGAUGAUUGUCUAUCAUUGGAAAAGCUUAAUUUGUCUCACAAUAAAGUUAGCUUUCUUUCAAAGAAGUUUUUCCCCAGCAAUGUCUACAUUCCCUAUAAGCUAAGGGAAAUCGAUUUGUCUUAUAACUUGAUGCCCGUUUUAACUAUAGAUCUAACAAUUGGGACGUCAAAAGUGGAGAAAUUGAAUUUAUCACAUAAUUCCAUUGCCGAUAUUCGAACCGGUGUUAUUGGUAACCUUACACGUUUGAAGACACUAGACUUGUCCCAUAAUAAACUUUAUGAUCUCGUAAGCGACAAAGGUUUCUUCAAACUGCCUUCGAAUAUCUCGGAACUUUAUUUAGCAAACAACGUUUUAUCUGACUUGCCUUGGAGAUAUCUAAAAAACUCCGCUCAACUAUCCUUACUCGAUUUAAGAAACAAUCGUUUUGAAAGUUUUGUGUCAGAUCUGAUUCAAAUGGUUGAGAAAAAUGUCGAUGUCUAUUUUGAAGGUAAUAAACUUCAUUGUGAUUGCUUUUUGCGACCAUUGUCACGAUACUUCAGAAGCCAGAUAUACCUGAAAGAGGUUUAUAAAACAAUACGAUGUGAAACUCCAUCAUUUUUAAAUAAUCACACCUUAUACGACCUUCCAGAGGAAAGACUUAAUUGUCCAAUAAAUGUAAAUACUACGCAACUCAUGAAAACGCUACCAGGGGAUUAUGAGCUAUUGUCGGAUUUAAGGUUUAGGGAAUUAUCGCACAAAAAUGGAAUUUUCAAAAUAAAAUGGCGCGUCAUGAAACAAACCGAUAUAGCAGAUACAGAAAUUUUUGUUAAGGAUUUAAAAAAUUCCGACAAUCUGGUAUACAGAAGAACCGUUCCUUAUUUUAAACGGAUACUGGAAAUAGAUUCUAACACGGGUUUUAAGAAAAAAAUAAGUGAUGGUAAAGGGUACCAAAUAUGUUUGUUGGCCAAAGAUAGUAAGGACGAGGUCAAGAAUUUUUACGGUGAACAGUGUAAAGAUUUGUCCAUGACGUUCUCCGGAGGAUAUUCGAUGUUGAGUUCUAUUAGUGUUAUGUAUUAUUUGUUGUUUGUAUACUUUGUUAAAUUUUUAUUAUAGUUUAUAAAGUAAUAUAAUUUUUAAAAUAUAA